GCCCCCUUAACUUGAGCAGGUAUAUAAGCCAUGCCCUGCAACAGCACCUCACACAUCACCUCGCAACGUGCAUCUCUUCAAUCUGCUGCUGAGAAAUACUUAAUUAUGUGUACCAACUACAUGAGCGUUGGCAGGAUUCUGUUUAAAGGGGACUACCUCCUGUCCAAUAAUAGAAAGUCCAAAGCUAUCUUUCAGGACGAUGGCAAUUUUGUGGUCUACACUAAUGAGAGGGCUGUCUGGGCUUCAAACACUGCCAACACAGACGCUCUCCAGGUUAUAAUGCAAGGGGAUGGUAACCUGGUCAUGUAUACCAAUCAAAAGCCCAUUUGGAGCUCUCAUACCAGCGGGGGCAACAAAGAUGUGCUGCCUUUUCUUCGACUGAAUGAUGAAGGUGUACUGGUUAUUACGUUAGGUGGAGGGGUGAUCUGGAAAUCAGUUUAAGCUAGAAGGUGGUCUGUGCCUCAAUGGUGCUGAGGAUUGGUAACAUCCAUUUAAUUUCCAGAUAACAUCCCCCACAGAUUUGUUUUUAUAUUUUCCAACUCUUUUCUUUCAAUAAAGAAACAUUACUUCAAA